AGGAGAAGAAACGUAAUGCCUAGAAAGCGGCCAGAAGAGAACAGAAGAAAAGGGGCAGAAGACAAAUCAGAAACUGCAAAGGAAAUGAACAAAAGGAUUCUCUAUCUCCGCCAUUCUUCACCGAACCCCUUUGUAGUAUAUGUGUUGCGAUUCUACCAAUUUGGUUGAGGCUCCGCAUACACAACAAGGACCACCCUAUUUUCUGCUCUGGACUCUAUUCUGGACCUUUGCUUGAACUUAAACGCUUUGCACUCACUUUGGUCAUUGAUGUGGCCCAUAUACUUGCUAUUCAACAAGAUUCUCAAUACAGGAGAUGAAAGAGAAUUAAAAGAUGAUAAUUUGAAUGCGAUAGAUCCGUACCUGUUUCAGCAGCCAUCAAGUAACGUAGAUUCCCAUCCUCCCUCCUUAUGCCAGUCACAAUUCAUUGAAGUACCACAUGUAAACCAAGUAUAUACAUGGGAUUGUGGCCUUGCUUGUGUCUUGAUGGUUUUGAAAACUAUUGGUGUCAACAAUUACAAUAUUCAAGCACUGGCCGAACUAUGCUCCACAACUAGCAUUUGGACUGUUGAUUUGGCGUAUUUGUUACAGAGAUUUUCUGUGACUUUUUCCUACUUCACAGUGACAUUUGGUGCAAACCCAAACUACUGUGUUGAAUCAUUUUACAAGGAGGAAUUGCCUAAUGAUCUAGUGAGAGUGGAUACGCUAUUUCAGAAGGCAAUGGAGGCUGGAAUUGAUAUACAGUGCAGGUCAAUUAGUGGGGAAGAGAUUUCAAUUCUCAUAUUGUCUGGGAAAUAUAUUGCUAUUGCAUUAGUUGACCACAGCAAAUUGAGUCAUGCGUGGCAAGAAGAUGUUCAGGUCCCUGGUGUCUUCAGCAACAACUCUGGCUACACAGGGCACUACGUUUUGCUAUGUGGUUAUGAUGCUGGAGCAGAUAUGUUUGAGAUUAGAGAUCCUGCCAGCUCUAAGAAACAUAAGAGGAUCUCUUCGAAGUCCUUAGAAGAAGCUCGCAAAGCCUUUGGUACUGAUGAGGACCUUCUGUUGAUAUCUUUGGAGAAUAGCACUACCCUCCAUCAACCUUCUCUGCAACUUUCCAUCGAUGUCAAUACCUAUUCUUGAUUUUUCUUUCCCUGUUUUGCAACGGUUUAUGAGUUGUAUUGCUGCAUUUUGUUUUGUUUUUUUUUUCUCUUUUUUGCAUAUAUAGCAUAUUCCUUGUGUAUUUUAGGUGCCACAUUUAGUUUUUUUGUAUUUCUAUUCCAGUAAAAACCUCUUGAAAUGGUUUCUUCUGGGUUGUACGCAUUUUGUAGGUUUACGCAAAACUGUAUAGUAAAAUGUCAAUUCAUUCUAAUCUGUGUAUUCAGACAACUGUAAUUAGUGUAAUGUCUUUAAUGGAUUCGGAGU